UCCGUCACUUUUCACUUGCCAUGACAGUAAUUUAUACAUUAAUUUAUUCAACCUAACCAGAAAAAUGUAAAAAUAAUAACAACACAAAACUGAAAAAAGUAGAAGAAAAAACUUAAAUUCACAAAAUAAAUAUACAAUUCUAUAAAGCGGUAAAGAAUUGAAACUAAUAAGAAAAUUAUUGACAUAAAACAACGUUCAACUUAACGAUGGGUAAAUUUUCAUAUUUCAUAUUUAUAUUGUGGAUAUCAUGUUUGAUGGUAUCCGCUUUAAUUUUAUUUCUUAAUGGAUUUUUUUUAACUCGAAUAUCACAAAUGGAGCGUAGCAACUGUACAUCUUCUAACAAUCUAGAAAUUAGUGACAUCAAAAAGUUAUUGCAAAAUCCUGAGAUAGCCGGUGAAAUUUGUUGGGAAUCUCGUAAAAGAGUUGUGUUGCUUGUUGUAGACGCGUUGAAAUAUGAAUUUUUAGAUUGGCAAAACGACAUAACUAAUUCUUAUUAUCAAAAUAAAAUUCCUAUUGUUCACGAUAUGUUGAAUAAAUUUCCAAAUCAUUCGAGACUUUAUAAAAGUAUUGCUGAUCCACCAACUACGACAAUGCAACGUAUCAAAGCUAUAACAACAGGUACUCUACCAACAUUCAUCGACGUAAGUUCAAAUUUCGCCUCUGAUAAAGUCGAUGAGGAUAAUUUAAUCGAUCAAGUCACUCAGAAAGGCGUUAUAUUAAUGGGUGAUGAUACUUGGAUUAAUUUAUUCCCAGGUAAAUAUUUACGGCAGUUUCCUGCGCAUUCAUUUAAUACUCGUGACUUGGAUACAGUAGACAGAGAAGUUCGGAAUCGAAUAUUUUUUGAGUUACAGAAAAAAGAUUGGUCAUUACUAAUUGCUCAUAACUUAGGAGUUGAUCAUUGUGGCCAUAAACAUGGCCCAAAUCACCCUGAAAUGACAAGAAAGUUGAAUGAAAUUAAUGUACUCAUCAAAGAAAUUAUUAAUGCUCUUGAUGAUCAGACUGUCUUGUUUGUAAUUGGAGAUCAUGGUAUGACAAAUUCUGGAGACCAUGGUGGAGAUAGUGACGAUGAGAUUGAAACGGCGAUGUUCAUUUAUUCAAAAUCUCCUUUACAAGAUGCCAAUGAUGAACACGAACCGAGAGUUUUGAAUCAAAUUGAUAUUGUACCAACACUAGCAUCAAUCCUUGGUAUUCCUAUACCUUUUUCGAACAUUGGAUCAGUCAUAUUGGAUGCUUUACCAAGUCUAUCGAAGACAUCAGAUAUGUGGUAUUGUGUUCAUGCACUUUGGAAAAAUGUUUAUCAAACAAAAAAAUACAUUGACACUUAUUCGGCAGGUUCAUAUUUAUUUUCGGACGAAAAACUUCAAGAACUAGAGCAAAUGUACCGGGGUUUACUUCAACAAGUACCAAAAAUUAAUGAUCAAAAAACUCUUAAAAAUUUCGUCAAACAUGCUAAUGAAUAUUUGAAAAUUCUUCGUGCUUCAUGUACAGAAAUUUGGGUUCAAUUCGAUUCGGGUUUGAUGUUCAAAGGCUUGUUCUUAAUGUUCUGCACUUUAUUUUUUACUUACAUACUCAUUAAUCAAUUACCAGAAAUUAGUAUGAUAAAAAUAUUUGAUCUACUUUUUUUUCGAGUCAUAAUAUUUAUCUGCAUUGCUCUGAGUAUUGUCUAUAUAUUUUAUGUAAUGCAGAUAAUCGUUAAUUUUAGUAAUACAUUUUCUUUCAUUAGUGGAGUAAUUCUUUUAUUUUUUCUAGUUAUUCUGGUUAUUAAAAAUCGGUACAUAAUAAUGACAACUUGGUAUAAUAAUUUCCAGAGUAAAAAAUUAAACUACAUUGUUCAAAUAACUUUAUUUUUAGUAAUCGUCGGACUAUUUUCAAACAGUUAUAUUAUUGAAGAAAACAAAAUACUCUCUUUUCUCUUGAUAACACAAGUUUGGUUAUUAAUUUAUUAUAAUAUUAAACAAUAUAAUACAAAUAAUAAUCAUGACAAAAGAAAUCGGAAAUCUUUUAACAAUAUUUCUAGAAUUUCCAACAAGCAUAGAACAUUAUUAAUAGUUUGUGGGAUAAUAAUUUGUGUCGCAGUAAGAUUAUCUAGUUACUAUUGGAGAUGUCGAGAAGAACAGAACCGCGAAUUAUGUGGAUCUCAUAUUUUGGGUAAAACUGGUUCAAUAACAUCAGAUAGCUUGGAAAGAAUACUGCUAACAAUGUCUUUGGUGAGUUUGGCGUUAUACAUCACAACUGUGAGGAUUUGGUUGAGAAAUUGUGGAAAUUUAUCAGGUUUUUCGCUUAACAUAACAGUUGCACGCUACUGUCCAGUCCUAACAGUUGUAUGUAUUGGUAGCUAUUGGGUAUUAUCAAGAUUAUCUACAAGUCAACAAAUAAAAUUCACUCUAGAAUACCAGAUGAAUGCAAUACCAGGAAUAGCUUAUUUUUUCAUUAUCAUUUCUAUUUUUAUUUUGUUUUUUCGACCACUUGGAAUAUUUUUUUUAAAACAAAAUCACCAAUCCUUUGCUGUUUAUGAGGAUGAAAAUGUUGUACCAAAACUAUUUGAUAUAGUGAAAAGUCUUCUUAACACAAAUAAAAACGAGAAUAGUAACAAUACCCCAAUUAUUUAUGGUCUUGGUACUGUUUACAGUGCAGCUUUUAUUUCUUUAAGUGUUUUUGUCACACUUCUUGAUGCUUUGCUUCUUGGCUGUUUUCAAGCUCCGAGUAUUUUUUUAAUGUGUAUUACAUGCAUAGCAUUGCUGAUCAUUAUUUCAAUGGAGCGGUAUCAUAAUGCUAAUAAUUUAAAGGAACUUCUUCAAAUACCAAACUCAGCAGUUUUCUGUUGGUUUUUGAUUGCUGAAUAUUUUUUUUAUGGUACUGGACAUCAACCGACUUUUUCAACUAUUCAAUGGGAUGCUGCGUUAGUAGGAACCAAUGGCCAAUUUUAUAAAAAUAUCCUGCCAACAAUUUUAAUUGUGUUGCUGCAAGAUAUUCAGAUCCAUUUUUGGGUAAUCCUAAGUCUCACACAAGAUCAUUGAGUUCUUCUCGGCUAAAUAUUUCAGGAUCAUUUGUUUUAUCGUCUGGCAAGUACUCUUCAUCCUCGGAACUUUCUUCUUCGAAGGCCUCGUCAAGUUGCAUUUCUUCUUCUUCUACAUCCAUCUCUUCAGCAGUUACAAUUUUAUCCACGGCCAUGGUUUUCUUUGGCUUAACAGCUGAUGAAAGAUUGGCGUAUUGUAUUUGUAGUGUUCCUAGUAUUCGAGGAAAAACCGGUAAUAUCAGUCAUACAAAAGUAACAAUUGUCUGGAUUUGUUGGUAAAGACCAUAUCAUUGGUAUUAUGAUCGGGUUAUCAUAAUGUUACAUCGACCACAAACAGUAUGUGGAACCUAUGCCGAAUCCCAAUUAGUAAUUUGGAUACCAAAACAUUCUUCAUAAAUUUCUUUUAAUUUACCCGAAAACUGUGAUAUUUUGCCAAUUGAUAUUCCCCACAAACGUAACAAAAAAAGUCAGGAGAUUUAUUACAUAGAUGAGAGUUACUUGUAACAGUAUACUCUCCAAAAGCCAAGUUAUCCACUAAUGAAGAGCUGCAGUCGCUUGAUGUUGACGCCCGCGAGCCUAAUUUCUCACACUAACCAGGCGCCGAUACUGGAUUUCCGGAUCUCUGCAUCGUAGAAUACUUAUCACUUGUACCUGCCAUGACGCCACACAUACCGUUAACCCAGGGACUCUCCCAGAUGGUUCUGUUAGCCACUGCCACCACGGGGAGGUGCCCUGGUUACAGGCCAAGCUAUCAAGUCUCCUUCAGGAGACUGAAAAUCUUGAAGACUACAGUGAAGUACAAGAGGAAGUAUUUCAUCAAGGCAUUAGUGAAAUGGAGACUAGGUAUCAAGGAAAUUAAAAUGUCAAGAUGAUGGCAAAUUUUUGCUAGACGCUCAAAAGAGAAAUACCAAGAAAAAAGAGAAAACGAAAAAUAUUUUUUUUAAAAACUUAUCUAAAAAUUUCUAAUUUUUAUUUUUAUAUACUAUAUAAUUUAUUUUUUUAAGCUUUACUAAAUUAUAAAAUUUUCCAUG